GCGAUUUCGAACGAAUCAUUUCGCAAGGUUUUCAAACGAGACGACGGGGCGAGGUUGCUUGUCUCCUAUAAAUUCGUGGCAGGAGAAUUCGUCGUCACUCGUUGUCUACUCGUCGAAUCAACAAGUGAAUCAAAAAUGUUCAAGCUCCUCAGCAUCUUUGCCCUCGUAGCGGUCGCGUGCGUAAAUGCAGCACCAGGUGCAUUAUUGGCAGCCCCAGCAGCGGUUGCAGCUGUUCCACCACCAAUUGUCACUGCCAGAAGUAGCCAAGUUGUUGCGAGAAAUUACAAUACGUUUGCUGCCGCACCAUUGGCUUACACCGCAGCUGCUCUACAUGCACCAGUAGCCGCACCAGUAGCCGCACCAGUUGCUGCUUACACCGCACCAGUUGCUGCUUACACCGCACCACUCGCAGCCACACAUUUGGCAUAUGCCCCAUCAUACCCGGCAGUAGCACGUCUUGCAUAUUGCUUCUUCAAACCAAGCAACAUGAACUCUUUUGUUACGGUAACAAUCGCGACUGUGCUCGCAAUAGCGCAGGUUGCUCUGGGUGGAGUAGUUUCUGCGGCUCCACUUGUGGCUGCACCAGCAGUUGCUGCACCAGUAGUUGCUGCACCUGCAGCUAUUGGUUAUGCCAAGGCUGUGCCAUACAAUAUUCCACCAUACACAUCCAGAGUCGACAUCAACACCAGAAAUGUUGCUGCCCCAUUGAUCGCAUCUGCACCCCUCGUAGCUGCAGCACCAGCAGCACCAAUUGUAGCCGCUGCACCAUCCGCACCAGUUUUAGCCGCUGCACCAUCCGCACCAGUUUUAGCCGCUGCACCAGCUGCACCGUUCGUUGCCGCACCUGGUUUAUUCCAACCAACUUAUGCCGGAAGUUUGACUGCUCCUUUAGCUCAAUUCGCUGCUGCCUACGGACCAACGUUUUUCGGUUAA